AUCUUCCUUUAACAAAUCCAAUAAAAAGAAUAUGAAAAUUUUUAUUUUCCCAAGUUUUUAAGCCUAUCAGCUCAAAAGGAGACCUGACGUCCCAAACCCAAACCAAGCCCAUUAUACUUUGAGCUCACAGGGUUGACAGCAUUGGGAAAAGAACACCAAAAACCCUGCUUAAUGAGGUAAUCCAGGGCACUAAAAUUUCUCAUAAUGAGGUCCUUGAUUUUUUCUUCUUGGCCGAACCCAUUUUUCUCCUGCCUAUCAACCUUCGUCUCCGACCGAUCCGUGCCGGACCCAAGACCCAUAUUCCCAUUGCUGCAUAGAGUCAAGCCAAGGUUCGAGCCAUUGUGGUGCACCAUGAGCCAGUCAUCUGAAACCGAGCAUAAACCAAAGGAGACAAAGCUGUGGGGUGGGAGAUUCGAAGAGAGUGUGACGGAGAUCGUAGAGAAGUUCACCGAGUCUAUCUCGUUUGAUAAACAGUUGUACAAGCAUGACAUUAUGGGAAGUAAAGCCCAUGCUUCUAUGCUCGCUAAACAGGGUUUGAUUAGUGUAAGUGAUAAGGAUAGUAUUUUGCAAGGUCUGAAUGAAAUAGAGAGACGCAUUGAAGCUGGUGAAUUUGUGUGGAGAACUGAUAGGGAGGAUGUCCACAUGAACAUUGAAGCUGCAUUAAUAGAUAUGGUUGGUGAGCCUGCAAAGAAGCUCCACACUGCUCGAAGCCGAAAUGAUCAAGUUCUGACUGAUUUUCGCCUGUGGUGCCGUGAUGCUAUAGACAGGAUUAUUGCUAGCAUUAGACAUCUCCAGGUUGCUUUGGUGGAAUUGGCUCGAAAUAAUGAGGGUUUGAUCAUUCCUGGAUAUACACAUUUACAAAGGGCGCAACCUGUUUUACUACAACAUCUUCUUUUAGCAUAUGUGGAGCAGCUUGAUCGUGAUGCUGGUCGCUUACUAGAUUGCAGAGCUAGAUUGAAUUUCUGUCCUCUAGGUGCAUGUGCACUAGCUGGUACUGGCUUACCAAUUGAUAGGUUUAUGACUUCUGAUGCUUUGGGAUUCACAGCUCCCAUGAGGAACAGUAUUGAUGCAGUUUCAGAUCGAGAUUUUGUCCUAGAGUUUCUUUCUGCUAAUUCCAUCAUAGCGGUUCAUCUUUCUCGGCUUGGUGAAGAAUGGGUAUUGUGGGCUUCAGAGGAGUUUGGAUUCAUCACACCAAGUGACUCUGUUUCCACUGGAAGUAGCAUAAUGCCUCAAAAGAAAAAUCCAGAUCCAAUGGAACUUGUUCGAGGAAAGUCUGCUAGAGUGAUUGGAGACCUGGUUACUGUUCUCACAUUGUGCAAAGGACUUCCUCUUGCUUAUAAUCGUGAUUUGCAGGAAGAUAAGGAACCUAUGUUUGAUAGCGUCAAGACCAUUAUAGGCAUGCUUGAAGUGUCAGCAGAGUUUGCUUACAAUAUUACCUUCAAUGAGAAAAGAAUACAAAAGGCAUUACCAGCAGGCUAUCUUGAUGCAACAACACUUGCUGAUUAUCUAGUUAAAAAGGGGAUUCCUUUUAGAACUUCUCAUGAUAUAGUUGGACGGUCAGUUGCAUUAUGCCUUUCGAAGAACUGCCAGCUUCAGGGCCUUAGUCUAGAGGAUAUGAGAAGCCUAGAUCCUGUAUUUGAUAAUGAUGUGUAUGAGUUUCUUGGGGUAGAAAACGCUAUCAAGAAAUUCAGUUCAUAUGGUUCCACAGGUUUAGCAUGUGUUGCUGAUCAACUUGACUACUGGGUAACCAAGCUUGAAAUCAACAGAACAACAGGAUGAAGACCUCAUUGAUAUAAGAGCUAGAGAUGAGUUAUUAUAGCUUGACUGCUUUGCUAUAAUCUGAUGCUCAUGGUUUUGAAUUUGGAUUUUGGAGAUAUGAUGCUAUUGGCAUAAAGAAAAUGAAACUUCAAAGGAAAAUGCCAUUAGUGAUUGAAAUCUCAAUCAAAUGACUUUUAUUUAAGAUUUACUAUUUUGAGCAGAUAUUAGAUCAAUAUUACGGAUCAAGUGUUGAAUUUCAUACUGUUAUUUUCAACCUAUCAGAGCUUCAAUAUCUGAAUUUCUGUAGUAAAUUGUUUUAAAGUCGAUAUUUAGACUAAUUUUUGUGCAAAGAAAAUUGCACUGCUUUAUUUAUGGAAACAAGAAAGCUUGAUAUGAUUGUAGUCAU